UUGCAGUUCAGUGCCGAAUGUGAAAGCGAUAAUUGAUGUUACCAUAAAAAUAAAAUUGUGUUGAAGUGGCGUCGACAAUGAUGGGCAUUACAAACGGAGCCAUUAUUAAUAUGUUGCUGAUGACUUGCGUCCUGCGGGCCAGCGAUGCCGAGGCCGCCGCUCCCAGCAAUGAGGUGCAGCCGGGAGUUGUGCAAAAUCCACAGAGUGAGACGACACAUUUUCCACAGAAAACAAGCAAACAGUUUCAGGAUCAAUAUUCCUCUACAAAGACUAGCCAAAACCCAGCUCCUGUUCCGAAUUCCAAAUCUCCUAGACACAGGAAAAAGAGUUCACCUUACACUUCUCCGCAUUUGUUACCGUUGGCGCCUUCUAAACACCCAAAGAAGGCAAUUCAACCUGAUAAAUAUGACGCCAAAAAAUUCGAAACGUCUUUAUUGCGAUACCUGAAGCAACUGCACACGGAACAAUCAAAAUUCGUUGAAGUAAAUGAUAAAUUUAAUAAUGAAAAUCACAGUGAUUCUUCACAUAAGACGAUUUUUGUGAAGAAUUCCGAUAAUAUUUAUUCGAACUCUAAUUUGAUAAAUGAUGAAUUUAAGAAAGAAAAGGUUACUGUUUUUAAUAAAAGUGAGGUUUCAAUUAACGUGCCGGGACCAUUCAGUUCUUUUCAGUCCUCAGGUAUAAUUUUUAAUCCUGGUAAGGAAAAUACAUUAACUGAUUACGACAACGCCAACAUUUCAGUGUUAUAUAAAAAUGAACGUUCGAAUAAUUUAUUGAAUGCAAAAGUGCUAAUUGCAAACAAUGAUGUAGAGGCAAACUCAAAACCACCCAUACCAAUUCCCACAAAAUCCGAGAAGAUUUCAUCCACAUAUGUGGAAAACACUCGAAAAAACUUUUCUGAAAUACAAUUUAUUUCUAAAUUAAAUACGGACAAUCGAAUUUCCAAAAACCAUGACACACGCAUGACAAUAUUUCACGUCAAACCCAAUACCAAAGCGUCCAUUCGAUCCAAGAACGCAUCUGCAGUCAGUAUCUUGAAUGAUGAGUUACCUUAUCAAAAAGUGUCCUCUAGAAUUGCUGCACCGAAAUUUUUAGAAAAUGAUCCAAAAGAUGGAAGAACUAAGAUAGAUGGUAAUUUAAUACCUAGUCAAAGGCCCUCUGGUUCUAAACAAGGAAAAAUUCAGUAUUUGUCCUCAACUCCUGAAAAAAAUUUCCCGGCUCAAUCAAUCAUUUGGAAAGAUGAACCGGAAGUGACAGGAUUUCAAGGACAUGAUUCACUAAAAGGUAAAACCUCACCAGAUUCCAAGGAGGCUACCCUCGAUGAUAUCCGGAAUGAUAUAGUUUCGAAUCCACGUAGUGAUAGUAAACCAGUAUUAGGUAAUUAUAAUUACUCUCUAUCGAGUGCGCUUGAUGAUUACGAAUCGGUUAUGCGAUCACGCAGUGAUUUUAAUUUUGAAUCCAUCAAUGCCCGCAUGACUUCUAAAUUUGAAGUUAAUCAACCCGAAAAUGGCUACUCGUCAUCGUUUAUUUCAAAUUUAACUCGACCUGCGUCGCAGAAAGCAAGCGAAAUUCAAGAGCUCACAGCUAUUCAAAGUUACGUCAUCAACGAAGAUCUUGACAAUUCGGGUUCGACUCCGUCCGGCAACGACGAAAAUUACGACAUUCUACCCGAUAUCUUAGGUGACAUUCCGGAGAUUGAGAAUGAGUACGAAGACGAGUCUUUGGAGAUUGACGACGAUGGCUCAGUGCCGCAUGGAGACCUCACGGACUCGGUGGUGGUGAAGGAAGUUGUGUACGAGAACGCGGUGGCCGCCCAGCGGGAGCGGCUGUUGGCGCUCAUGGCUCUCCACAAGGCCCAGUGCGAGGAGGCGGCCAAGACAGACCAGCCUCACUGGCGAGGUUGCAAGCGCGCCUGGGACCAGGUGCUGUGCUGGCCCCCCGCACCCCCCCACUCUCAGUCCUCCCUCCCCUGCCCCCCUCACGUCCCCGGCAUGGACAGCCAUGAGGGUCACGCUACCAGAUGGUGCGAUGCUCAUGGUCAGUGGGAGAAAAAUCCACACGUCGAGGAACCUGAAACUUCGACUCAACAACCUGAAGAAAUCGAUUUGUCAACUCAAGAAGUUGAAGUUGAUUUAACCAACUCAAUUUUACAGCCAACUGAUGUACCAGAAUAUAACGAAAGCGAGAGCAGCCUUUCUUUGGGAACUCCAGCUCCCACAUACAGUUUUGACAGUGGAUGGAGCAACUACACUUACUGUCUGGCAAAGAGACGGAAACAUCAUAAAAGAGUUUCGCCUCUGAUUGCGAAAUGGUUGCCGAUCAUCAGCACGAUAUCGAUGAUCGGAUACAGCAUUUCCCUGUCAGCACUACUGAUCUCUUCAAUCGUCCUCCUUUCAGUCAAGCGCCUGAGAUGUGCCAGAAACCGUCUCCACCUGCACCUGUUCGCCUCGUUUAAGCUGCGGGCUGUCGCCGUGCUGCUUAAAACGCCACUCAUAACGCCUUCAGUGGUGGCAUCCAUAGCAGCGUUCGAGGAACACGGGACGAUCGGGGUGCGAGGCUGGGUGUGCCGGAUUAUGGUCGCCGUAUGGGAGUAUUUCAUCCUUGCCAACUACUCAUGGCUGCUGAUGGAGGGCAUGUACCUCCACAACCUGAUCUUCAGAGCGCUCUUCACCGGCUCCUCGGCCACCAUCAUGCCUUAUGUUAUACUCGGCUGGGGCUCUCCCAUGCUGGUGAUAGUGAGCUGGUCCAUCGCCCGGGCGCUGGUGGACAACAACCACUGCUGGCUGGUGCAUUCAAAUCCUUGGCCUCACUGGAUAGGCCUGAGGCUGCCCGUUGCCGCCUCAGUGUUCCUCAAUGUGAUAUUCUUCUUGAACAUCAUACGCACCGUGGCGCUCAAGUUACGGUCAUCCGUUAGCAGAGAAAAGAGCAAAUGCAAACAGCUGAGCCGGUCGACGCUGGUGCUGGUGCCGCUGUUCGGGGUGCACUACUGUCUGCUGUGGGGACUAUCGCUGUCUUCACAUCCUCCCGUCGAGCUCACGUGGCUAUUGCUGGACCAGGUCUGCUCUUCCUUCCAGGGCCUGAUCGUAGCGUUCCUUUACUGCUUCGUUAAUGGCGAGGUUCGACUGGAGCUUCGCAAGCUAUACUACCGAGUGACUUCAGAUGAUGAAUUCAACCCCAGCAUAUACAGCACCGCGUUGAGUCGUGCUCGGGCUUCGUUUGCGUCGAUCUAUGGCACUGAUCGCGAGUCGGUCGCUGCUACCUCUGCCACUCCCGCGGCUACGCCACCGAGGCUGACCAAGAAAGGUUCUUCAGGCUUAAUCAGCCUUCAAAGCAUACCCGAAGAAAAUUUCGAAAUGCGGACGUAUACUGCGAGCGAUGCCGUCUCGUGCAGCUCCAGAGAUUCCAGGUCAAUUUUCAGCAAGAAAACUUCAGAUUUAAUGACCGAAUUUUCAACAAAUGUGCCCUCCACGGCUGCUGACGAAAGUUAUUAUUUGGAAUCCAACACAACAGAUAAAGAUUCUGAUAAUAUUUAUGAUGAUUCGACCAAGUGUGCGAAUAACCAAUUAGAAAGUUCUCAAAAAAAUUUCGAUUAUGAUAAGAGUUUACCGCCAAAGUCUGACGCAGGCUCAGCAGGAAAAGAAGUAAAAAAACAAAAGGCGCCUUUGAUAAAGAAACUUUCCUUUCAAGAGCCCGUAGAAGAACUAAUAUACGAAGAAGACGAUUAUAGCUCGUCAGAUGAAGACUUCGCUUGGGGUUUCAACACAAAGACUUUACCGAUCUUGAAAGAAAUUCGCUUGGUAAGCGAGGAUCGGUCUUGCAAAACUACACUGCUCCCUCAAUCUAGUAGCGCUAAUAAGGAAGAAAUUUCUACGCCUCUUUAUUCUAUUUUGCGUCAAGAGCCGAAAAAUGGAACAGUAUUUCCUUCAUUGAAAUGCAGCAUCGCAUCGUUAAAGAAGUGUGAUGUACCAAGUAAGCGUAUUUACUCCUUCAGUGACUCCAGUACAAAUAUUAAUACUCGUAAUUUAGCCGCUCCUAUUGAAAUAGCGAGCGAUUAGAUUAAAACUUACGGAGGCUAUUUAUUAGAUUAAAAUUUGCGUAAAAUUUGAUUAGAUUAAAAUUUAC